AGUGACAAAGAUCACCCACGCUCCGCUGCACCGCCCUGAGGACGAUGGCCAGGUCUCCUGCACUGCUCCUCCUGCUCAGCCUGGGGCUCUGCUGCAACGUCACCCAGGGACAGAGGAACACGAUGGCAGUCAGAUUCUUCAACAGGAACAUGAAGCACCCCCAGGAAGGACAGCGGCUAGAGCUGGAGUGCAUGCCUUACGACAGAGGUACAGGUAUCUACUGGAUCCAUCUAGACAAGGAUUGGAACCUUCACUUCAUUGUCUCCAGUACCCCUGUUCCCAGGAACACCUUCCAAGGGAACAAGAGAACAUCUGCACAGUUUGAAGCACGCUGGACAGGAAACUUCUAUCGGCUGGCGGUGAAGAACUUCACAACCCAGGAUGAGGGAAUCUAUUUCUGCACGAGCAACAUCAACCAGGUGCUGCACUUCAGCUCGGGACAACCCGCCUUCUUCCCAGUCGCAACUAAAGCAGCACCCACCACACCCGCAGCCACCACCCCCAGCAGCCAGGCCACCAAGAAGGACAUCUGGCACAGCCGAGAUCCAGGAACAAGCCACAAGAACAUACCAAGUUUCUACUGCAAAAUGGUCAUGUGGGUUAACCUGGCUGGCACCUGCCUCCUGCUCCUCACUGCUAUAACCAUCACCAUCACGCACUGCCAAACCUUUUCACGCUCAUCAAGAUUGACAGUGAAGAUCCACUAGCUGCAUUAAUUUCUGCAGCAAGCAGCACUAAUGCUGAAGCAGAGAUUGUUACACAACACCUGCAACUUCUGCUAAAUUUCUGGCUCAACAUUAUAGUUUUCAGAAAGCCAUCUACAGUACUGACAGAGAAGCAAAGUGGGAAGGAGUACCAUAAAGUGAGAUUGAUGCUGAAGCGCUCUAAGUCAGCAUAAAGCCACCACAGUGCCUUUAACAGACUCUGCCUUAAGGCAGAACUCAGUAUUCUUCAUUGUUGACAAAACUCCAUUUCAAAUGCAAGAUUGUAACUUAAGAAUAUAUUCAGAGAUCUUCAUUGA